CGCUGACGUCACGUUGCUGUCGCUGCUGCUUGGAGACGGGAGGCUGCGGCCUGAGGCGGGAGAUAAGGAAAAAAGAACUCCAUGGAGCUGGGACAUGACAAGAGCAAACCACGGUCAAGGAGGCCAGACAAAGCUCUGUACGUUCCCAGAGCUCGACGACAUUUGGGAGCAGAUCCGCAGGCAGAGUGCGACCCCAAACCAGAAGGGCAAGGAACUCCCGUGGACAGAAAGGCUAUCACGCACGUGACAACAGAUGUAACAGCCAAGAGUGAGGCAAGUGCAAGUGUAAAGACAUUCUCUCGCAAUGACUUGGGCGACCGCCGUGAGCUAAUCUCCGCAGAAACCAACUCGCCCAAGCAGGACGAUGCUAAGGGCGAUGCGUGCAGAAACAAAGACUUGGAGCUGACAUUGAAUUUAGAGGAAGGGAGACAAAUAGGGAGCUCUGAACAAGAGAGGAUAUCAGAUGUCGGACACAGAUUGGAAUCGGAGCAGCCAAAGGAAAAAACGUCAACGCAGCAAAGGAGGGUAGGAUCAAUCACUGGUAAAGAACGCAGUAGAGAGAAAGAAUCAAGACACAAAGAUGCAAUGUCAGAAAAACACGAUGAUGCACCAGCACACUAUUUACUUAAAGUUACUCGUUUGAAAGCUGAGAACAAUAAAGAAGUCAUGAAAUCCAAGUAUACAGAAAUCCAAACCCAACCCCAGCAGCAUGUAACAGAUGCCUACAACGAUGAGCAGAGCAGUAAUCAACCAAAUACAGUCGAUUCAACAGUGAGAGAAGUUGAGACUAAUGUGAACAAAUCUCUGCCUACAGAUGCUGCUUCCUUGUCGAGCAGAAGGUGUGAUUCUGACACUUUUCCUCAGCUAAAUGAACUGGUAUCCUCUAACCUAGCCAGCUGUGAAUGUUCAGAGGCAGAGCGAUGUACAAUAUCAGACUGCUCAAAUGGCAUAAAUGAGUCAGAGCAGAUGGUGAAGAGCUGUGGACAAUAUGCAUGCACAGGAGCAUCUGAAGUAAAUAGUUCUUAUAAAAUCUCCGUUGAAGUGAAUAAUUCGACAGAGCAUGAAACUAGGACAGAUAAUGACUCUUUUUCGCAAGUUCUAACAGAGAGCAUUGUAGCUCUGCCUGCCUCAUUUGAAAACAUGGCUUGCUCAGAUUCCCCAAGUUCCACAAUUAUUAACUUGUCAGCUGUACAAGAAGUAGAACAAAGAACAGAAGAGACCGGGCACUUGAAAGGUGGUAGCAGCAUCACAGUUGACUCGGCAGACAGUGAGCCUGUCAGUGCAGAUGUGAAUGCUGAAACUGGUGCUUUGCAAAGUGUUGCCAGGAUCUCACUGAAUUUGGCCCGACUAACAACUCCUGGUGCGGGAGAAUCGGAGUGCGCCGACAGACCUCUUCCUGAAGAAGCAGAGGACGACUCUUGGGAUGCCCUUUUCAAUGAUGAUGGAGAUUGCCUGAACCCUCAUCUCCUGGAAGAGUUAACCACGAAGAGAAAGUCUAAGAAGACUAUUCAAGAUCCUCCCUUCAAUUACUACAACUACCAACCGGCUGAGCAAGAAAUUGAUGAUUCUGAAUUUUCCCACAUUGUUGAGAUCUAUGAUUUUCCUACAGAAUUUAAGACAGAGGAUUUGCUGCGAACUUUCUCCAGUUAUCAGAAAAAAGGAUUCGAUAUCAAAUGGGUGGAUGACACGCAUGCAUUGGGUUUAUUUUCAAGUGCAAUUGCAGCUCGAGACGCCAUCAGUACCAAGCAUCCCAUGUUGAAGACUCGACCUUUGUCACAAGCAUCUAGAUCAUCGAAGGUUAAGGCCAGAAGCUGUGCAGAAUUUCUCCUUCCGGCAAAGGAGAGACCUCAGACUAGUGCCGUGCUUGCUCGAAGGCUGGUCAUUGGAGCCCUGGGAGUAAAAAGCAAUCAAACUAAGGCAGAGCGAGAGGCAGAGCGGCAAAAGCUGAAGGAAGCUCGAGAGCAGAAGCUACUGGCCGCACAGCAAGUGGAGGCGGCCUGGGAAGGCAAAUAGCCCGGAAACACGAGGAGACUCGCACCAAAGGCCAGCCGCAGACACAGGUGGUGAGCCUGUUCCACCAGAUGAAACCAAACCCCUCGGCAUACCUUUGGCUGCGGGUUAAAGUGCCGGAUGGGGUGGAGACUGUGCGCGGCACACCUCGAUUUGUACGCACAGACCCAUCCAGGGAACUCUCUGCAAGUUGUAUACCAAAUAUGUUCACAAUGCAAUAUCAGUCGCUGAACUGCUGGGUGAUAAAGAUCCACUUUAAUCCAAAGCUAUUAUUUUCCCCGUAAUUUAUGCAGUGGCAACUGCGGGUGUUUAAAAGUUGGAUUCCAGCUAACUGCAGGCUUCAUUUGUUUCCUGAGUACCCGAAACAGUAAUUACACAGAACGCAGAUUUUUAAAUCAAUUAACUGGAAUUAUUUAAGGAGCGUUUUUUUGGAAGCUUGGAUCACUCAGUCUGUUUCUGGAUGGAUGCGACAACUGCCUACUCGCAACAAUCCUGCAACACUUGCACUGUUUCGCUGCCUUACUGCCUCUGUGGUGUGUUGACUAGGGUAUGCGUGUGUACGUCGGUGCUCCGAAUAUUUCCUCCGUUUCUUUUCACCCAACCUGAGAUACUCCAGCACUUUGCGUUUUUUUUUAGUAAACCAGUAUCUGCAGUUCCUUGUGUCUAAAUCUUCUUCGAUGUGUGUGGGUGCUUGCGGGCGUGUGUGUGUGUAUUUACGUGUUUUACCCAGGCUCGAUCCUGACCAAAGUGCUGUCUGUACGUUCUCCAUUAAUUUGUACGCUCUCCCUGUGACCGCGUGGGUUUUCUCCGGAUGCUCCGGUUUCCUCCCACAUUACAGGUUUGUAAGGUCAUCAUAAGUGAUAGGAGCAGAAUUAGGCCCAUUUAAUCAUGGCUGAUCUAUCUCUCCCUCCUAAUCCUACUCUCCUGCCUUCUCCCCUAAACCCCUGACACCCCAACUAAUCAAAAGUUGAUUUAUCUCUGCCUUAAAAAUAUCCAUUGAUGGCCUCCACAGUCUUCUGUGGCAAAGAAUUGCGCAGAUUCACCACCAUUGAUUUGCGAAUGAAAGGACAAAAGUUUAGGGAUAACAUGAGGGGGAACUUCUUUACUCAGAGAGUGGUAGCUGCUUGGAAUGAGCUUCCAGUGGAAGUGGUGGAGGCAGGUUCUAAUUUAUCAUUUAAAAAUAAAUUGGAUAGGUAUAUGGACGGGAAAGGAAUGGAGGGCUAUGGUCUGAGUGCAGGUAGAUGGGACUAGGUGAGAAUAAGUGUUCGGCACGGACUAGAAGGGCCGAGAUGGCCUGUUUCCGUGCUGUAAUUGUUAUAUGGUUAUCUGGCUGAAGAAAUUGCUCCUCAUCUCCUUCCUAAAAGAACGCCCUUUAAUUCUGAGGCUAUCCCACUAGACUCUCCCAUUAGUGGAAAUGUCCUCUCCACAUCCACUCUAUCCAAGCCUUGUAGGUUUGUAGGAUAAUUGUCUUCUGUAAAUUGUAAAUUGUCCCUAGUGUGCAGGAUAGUGCUAGUGUACGGGGUGAUCGCUGGUCGGCGUGGACUCGGCAGGCCAAAGGGCCUGUUUCCGUGCUAUAUCUCUAAAAUCUAAAGUCUUUGACCAGAAAUGUAACCACUCUCUGCAUUUCCAGCAUUUUCUGUUUUUUUUCCCAGAUUUUCCAGCAUCUGCAGUUUUCCUUUGGUUUUCUGUCAGAUGUGAUUUUGUGCCGAAGGUGAUUACCAUCGAGUAUUCCCAGCGCCACCAUUCUUCAGCAGGCUUUCAUUGGUAGUCUAAGGUUUCAUGUAAAGGCACAAGGCCAGUUUGUCUAGUUGCCUGUGGCCCAAAAUAUGUCUAGAAAAUCUGUCUUUGGAAUCAUCGCUGCAAAAUAUCAUUCCAAUCCACGGGAUGAUGUUUAAUUUCAGUGUUAGAGGUGAUGGAAGAAGUGAAGUGGCUCAGCUACUGUUGGCAAUUACAGCAGCGCAUUCCUUGGUUAUAGAGCAGUGAUUUGCACUUGACCCCUUGUGCUGUCAUCGCAUAUUCCAACGAACGCUCCAGAUCUGCCUAUUUGCUAAUGGCAUGUUUACUUUAAGCUCAUUAGUAGCCGAGUUAAAAUGUCAUCACAUCGUCAUUGUACAGGAAUGAGAUAUGGGCUCCCUGUCAUUUUCUGUCUCUCCGUCUCGCAAUAACUUCCUGAAAAUAUCAAGUGAUAUAAAAAUACUGAGCAGUGAAAGGAGGAAGGUGAAGGGAUUUGAUUUUUUUGGAAUGCUCGCAACUCAAUCAAGGCCUGUAACUUGUGGUUAAUGCCUAGAAUUGCAACAGCACGUAAUGGGAAUGUAAGUGAAUAUCGGGGGGGAAGUCAAGCUUUUUCCGACUGGUUUCACCUGCGUUUCUCCACUCUCGUUGCUCUGGGCUGCACUGUGCACCCAGGUUGUUUUGUUCUGUUGAAGGUAAACCCUUGUGCGUUGAAAUAACUGGGAUCAGAUCCCGCUGGUUAUAAUACGUUGAACUUCUCACCCACGCACUCAAAGCCACUUUCUUGUACUGUGACUGAAUAAGUCCAGUUUAAGUUGGAAAUGUCUUGAACAGAAGCAUUUUUCUUCUGCGAUUCAUUGAAAGUUACCACAAACUGAGGACCUAGGGCCUGUGUCUAGACACAUCCAAUCAUUUUCAGUCGGGAAUGUGAGUGGAAAGAGAGUUGCCGUGUGUGUUUUUAGCCUUUACGGAAUGCCAGUCGAGCCCUUAAACUCAACGCAGUCACUGGUCUGCAAGAUAAAAUUUACAGCUGCACAUUGCAGUAGUCUGGGUUGCUCGGUAGCAUCAGAAUGCAAGUCAAAGCAAACAUGCCCUUUCCGAAUGCCGCCUAUCUCCAGUCUCCUUUGCCCCGCUCACGUCUAUUUGAUCUGGCUUCAAUCAGCCCGCGUGGCAACUAGAAUUCCAAUCUCUUCAUCAAAGAUCUGUCUGACUUUCAUUUACAUCUAUCUUUGUUUCCUUUUACAUGAGAGAGACAAUUUGCCGCGCUGCAUAAUUUGGCCAGAUUUGCAAUAUUUGUUUAAAAUAAAUGGAACAUUUAAACGUGAUACUAAUUUAUUAGGCUCUGAAGCAAAUGAUAUUGCAAAUGACAUUGCCACCGACGGCUUUGAUGGAACACCAGCCACGAGCUCAAAAUCUGGACAAAUGUUUGAGGGGUGUGUGUGAACUGUGUUUUUUUUGGGGGUUUUUUAAAAUGAAAAGGCUGUAAACUUUUUGCCCUUAGAAGGAAAGACAGCGGUUGAAACAGUAAAUAAAGCGAUGCUUUUCAAUUUGUUGUAAGUUGAGUCCCCAGACCAAGUUCAGUGAGAAGGUUCUUCCCGCUAUCCUGCGGCUGCUCAGCUGUUCACCCCGAACACGGGCUUCUCUCAGGCGUCUGCCCGAAAUCUCCACACGGUGAGGGAGAAGUUAACGGACUGUGCCCUGGGUGUCAAAGUUUACAAAGAUCUCCAAAGGAAGCUUCAUCACACCAUGACCUGUGGCUGGAGGUGAGAGGUCAGUAAAACUCUGCUGACCCUUGCUACCGGGCCAUUGUUACCUGGUCUGCUCGAUGUGAUGCUGGAUUUUAUAGGGGUUUUAAUCUGAGAUGGGCUGCGCUACAGUAAGGGUCAUUAACUUUGCAAAUCUUACAUUUUUUAAUAAAAUCAAGUUUCUCUAAA